GUUUCAUAUCAGUUUGAGUUCUGCUUUGAUAAUGCCAAGUGACUGGCCCAUCAUGAGAAUAAAGAGUUGUGCUAGCAAGUUAGAAAGAGACAGUGGCAUCGCCCUUUUAAGAGGCAGCCGUGUGCCUGUCUAGAUGUGUGUGUAUGUGUGUCUGGCGGACAAGCACGCUGGAAACUGAACUAAAGCUCUGAUUGGCCGAGACUCGAGUUGUGUCCCCGCCUUAGGCCGGGAGGGGUAGUCUGAUUGGUAGAGGAGCGGAGGUAAACAGAAUAGAAUGUCCCCUUCUCUUGAAACCUAUGGAAGCCGCAUCCCAUUGUGGUGACGCGUGGGGUUGUGUUAAAUUGUUACCGAGUAGGAGAAUGCCCGUACCCUGAGAGUGGAAGGGAGACAGAAGGUGGGGGCAGUGUCUCAUAGGCAGCUUUGUCUGAGAUUUCAGCGCACUCUCUGUGAGACUCUGUAUGAGGGUGAGGAUGAAUGCCCUGGAACUACUGAGGGAGACAAAGCACCUGGUGGCCACUUGAUUUCCCCUCACAAUCCUAGAAUGCUGCGUUAGCCUUAAGUGCCCUGUGCUGUGCCACGUGUGUGCUGCUGCCGCCGCCGCUGUUUUGUGUCUUUGGCCAAGUUUGAAAGAAGGAGCAAAGUGUGCGCUGCAGACGCAGGAGGGGCGCAGAGUAGGGAGGUCCCAGACUAGCAGUGAGGAGACUAGCAGUGACACUAGCAGUGAGGAGAGGAGACUAGCAGUGUCUGUGAUGAAGAUGAGGGGCUGCGCGCAGUAAGAGCGGCACAAGACGCACUCGCUACUGUCUGGAUCGCCUCGCACUGUCUCCUCUCUAGCGAGUCUCCUCGGCAAUGACAGCUGUGGCUUACAGUGACUUGGUUGCCGCUCAGUGUCUGGUGUCUAUCUCUAAUCGCUCCACGGUGCCGCCGCGACAGCAGGAAGUGGAGCAGCCCCUGUACUCGGCACUGGACAGCCGCCCUACACCUGCAGACUGCACAGCGCUACACCUGAGGAACAUGCCUGAACAAGAGCCUCUGCACCUGCGCAACGCGCCCGACCCGGGGCCCAACAAGGAACUUCACGACGGGCCGGGGGAAGCGUGGAAGGAUUAUUGUACUCUGCUAACUAUAGCCAAGAGCUUGCUGGAGUUAAACAAGUACCGGCCCUUGCCUUCCCCUGCCUACAGUCACAGUGACGAGGAAUUGAGCUCGGACAGCGAUGUCACCACAGAGUCCGGCCUCAGCUUCAGCCCCUCACACAGCCCGGGCAGCUGCAGUAGCAGCACUACCCCCAGCCAUAUGGACUACAGCCCAGAACCCGGCUCCACGGAACCACUCCCACUCACCCAGGACGCGCCCAAAUCCCCGACACGCCCACUCAGCCAGGACACCGCCCCAGUCAGGUCAACCAAUGAAAAGAGGCACAGGUGUCCUUACACUGGGUGUGGCAAAGUUUAUGGGAAGUCUUCCCAUCUCAAAGCCCAUUACAGAGUCCAUACAGGUGAACGCCCUUUUCCAUGUACGUGGCCUGACUGCCUUAAGAAGUUUUCUCGUUCCGAUGAGUUAACUCGCCACUACAGAACCCACACAGGUGAGAAGCAGUUCCGAUGUCCACUCUGUGAGAAGAGGUUCAUGAGAAGCGAUCACUUGACCAAACAUGCACGUCGCCACACCGACUUCCAUCCUAGCAUGAUUAAAAGGUCCAAAAGGUCCAAUUCAUCAUUCACCUGAAUAUGGAGUGUAUAGUAGUAAAAGCUGUUCAAAAGGAAAAGGCUCAGCAGCUGUACAUAUCACCUUUUUGCAUCUUUUCAGAGGAAAUGUAGCAGUUCAAUGUUCAUGCUUCUACAGCGGUGUAAUUCAUGGAAACUGCUGUGCAAUUUUUGGUGGCACACAGCAUUAGAUAUCUUUUUGUAGUGGUGUGAUUGACCCAUCACAGUUUUGACUCUAAGAUCUUCUGUGCUUGCUCUGGCAUGAAUAGGUGUUAAUAAAAUAGAAAUCACAGUGGAUUAGCUUUAAAUGUGUCAGUGGAAUACACAUAUAAGAACAUUUACAACAUACAUAAAUAUAUAAGGGAAUUUUUCUAAGAUGAAACCAAUACAAUGUACAAUUUGGAGCAAAAACAUGUGUGCUGACCAAGUGAGUACUUAAACUAAGGAAAAGUGGUUUCUUAUGGAAUUCUGUCUUAUAGUAUCUUGGAUCUGUGUAUUGGGGUUAUUGGAAUAUUAUUAUGCUGUGUUUUUUUUGAAUAUCACCGUUAUUGGGGAAUUACGUUUAAAAAAAACAGCAUUUCAAUGGACCUGUACCUCUUACAAAACUGGUUUUCAGAGGGCAGAGAAUACGAAGAAGACCUAAAGCAAAGUGGCCACUAGAGUGCAUAGCUUGUACUGUUUUGUCUUCUCAAAUGUGUGUAGCCAAAGUCAACAAGUCUACUGAAGGAUGAAGAUGUGCAUAGUGGGAUGCAAUGCUCAGUUCAUUUUUUAAUAUUCCUAAUGCACAUGUUCCUGUUUUAAGGGAAAUUGUAAAACUCUAAUCGUUUUGGGGGGCUUUUUUUGUCUUUCUAAGAAAUUGGACUGCAUCUGCCUCUGGAAUCAAAGGUAAUGAGGCAGUGACAACAAAUGAAAUGAUACAACGUCACCCUGCAAGAGUAAAAUGAUAUUGGAAUUUCCUCAUUACACUCAAUAUGCACGGCUUACUGCGGACAUAGCAAUGACCAAGCAAUUUUUGCAAAACCAGAAUGUUUGACUUAGCUUUUGACAGAUGCCUAACAUCUAUUCAGUGCUUGGAAAAUUAAGCAUUGUUAAUGGGUGUAGAGAAAAUGUGAAAAGGAACCUGCUCUAGAAUACAACACCAGGCCUUUCUUUGACUUACCUUGUAGGUGGGUUGACAAUGCAUUCACAUCAGUAUCAUUACACUUUCUAGGCAAGAGCGAAUCACACUGUGCAAUACACAUUUCAAGCACAGAUUUACAGAAAGUGUCAUUGUUUUAUAUGCCUCACCCAUGUGUCAUUUAGUUCUUAAUAUGAUGAUUCAAUUCACGUUUACAUUUCUUCAUUUGGUAGCUAAUUGCACCAAACUGAAUACAGACUUUCUGUGCACCUUAUGUUUCCCGUGAAAAAUUCACACAAAGCCUUUAUACAUAUAAACUUAUUCCAUACUGGAAAGGAUGCCAUCCUUUUCCAAGUGUAAAGGGUUAUCUAUGCAGCAUAUGGCCAUGCUGGCUGUUAAAACAAAAUUGAGUUUGUACCUUAUUAUUUAUCCCUUCCUGCUACUGCAAUCAGACCAAGCACUCCAGUCUCACAUACCAGUCAGGUAAGUCUGCCACAAACUUUACUGUAUCAUGGCAACAUCUCUCAGAAUGCUGCCCAAUGUUUGCUAUUUUUUAAUUUCGACUGCUGUAAACAUACAACCCUGUCUUGGAGAACCAGCCAAGUAUGAGUAUCAUGUUUCUUUUGCCAUUUUACUUGACUUACUUCUUACGUCAUCAAAGCCAUUUGUUCUACUCAUCCCAUCUAGACAGUAGUAAAACAAGAUACCAUCAAUAAUGCUAAAUCCUGGUAUAUUACAUGAAAAUUAAAACUGGUCACCCUCAAAACUGUUUUAUUACCUUACAUCCUGAGGGUUUUAUACUGUUUUCUUUUGCAGAGGGUAUAGUGCCUUCAUCAUUUGCACCAAUAUUUUUAACAUGUUAGUCUGCUGAAGGUGCCCAGUAUAUUUUAUAUGUGGGUACAACACAAGUCACAGUAAAUAUGGUCAACUAUGUGUCACGUUGCCAUAUGAUUCACUCAAUAGCUGUAAAAAAUGAAACAUUCUGAAAAAAAUGGGGUAGAAUGCAAAAUCAGUGCAUCUUCAGGAGCCGGAAUCUUGGUACCUGCACAAAGAUUCUAGAUGCAGCUCCAGAGCACCUUUAUUUAGCUACAGACUGCAGCUAUCAUUAGAUAUAUUUUGACCACACUGUGCAAUCAUUCAUUUGUCUUUUGUUUCUAUGAGGACUGUUGCAUACACAAACUUCAAUACAGUUAUACUAUGAAAAAAAGGAUGUCAGGAAAACCAUUAUACACUUUCUACCUCUGUUUCAUGUUUUGGAACACUCUAUUCUUUAUUCCAAUUUGCAGAAAAAAAUUCUUCCAUAAUAGAUAGUUAACCUGUUUUCUGUGGAUUUUUUUUGGACCCCAUUUCUUUUACUGCCAGGAGCAGUGUGUGUGGGUUUAAGAGGAAAAGCCUGGACAACUGCAAGCAUUUCUGGUUUUGCACAUUAAAUAGCAGAAAAAUACACUCAAGUGACACGCAAACACAAAUUAUUUGCUGUGACUUUCACUUUAAAUCCCAUUUUCCCUCUUCUCCAGAGGCAUACAUGUGUGAUUGUGGCGGAUAGGAUUGUGCAUAGGUAAAACGAUCACUGUCUGUGAAAUAUUUGAAACAAGAUCUUUGAGCAUUGUAUGUAAAUCCUGAUAUGCUUUAAUGUGUAUAAGUAAAGACCUGAAUUGGGUUCACGGUGGUCAGUAGAUAUUAAAUGUUAUAUUAAGAUAGGAUUUUAACAUGUUUCAGUUUAUAAAUGAAAAAAAAACCAUCAUUCAGAGAUUUAAUUGAGUUUAAGAUAAAUGAAUUUUAGUCGAAGUUGAUGUUAAGACAAAAUAUCCAUCUUGUGAUUGCAUUACAACGCUUUUAUCUUUGCCACUUAAGAAAGCAAUGUUUUUUUUCCCCCCUAACAUUUUGUAACUUUUUUGCUGUGGCUUUUUAAGUCUGUACAUUUUUGGCAAAUUCAGGAAUUCUGUUUUUUCCAUGCAUGUUCCAAUUUAGUUACAUCAUUUUGCUACAUUUUAAAUAUGAAUAAUACUGGGCAGUAUAAACCUACUGUAUAACACAUUCCAUAGACGUAGAUCGUUACUCCACUCUUAUCCCAGAAAUAAAAGGGAAAGUAUUUUUAACACACAGUUAAAGGAAAAUAUUAAGGGACAGAUUUAUCAAGUGUCGAAGUGAAGUCGAGGGAAUUUUCUAAGUAAAAAAAUUAGAAAUUC